UCCACGCCGCCCUUCAAUUUCAAUGACUCAUCAUUUCAAUAACAAUUUUAACAUCCUGCGUAUUAUUCGGUUGUAGUUAAUAAAUAAAAAAUAAAAAAGAGGGUAAAUCUCAAGUCUCAAUCGAUAAAUUGUUUAAAUUUUAAAUAAAUAUAAUUUUUCAAGUAACAAUUAAAUUUAUCGAAAUUUGUUUAUUUAUUGAAAAUUACCAAGGAAAAAUAUUUUAAAAACUAUGAAGUCAAAUUUAUUUCGUAUAAUUUCUGCAACUGGAUUAGGUAUCACAGCCUCAUUACUGCUGCCGCAAGAAUAUAUAUCAAUAUCGAUCUAUUUUAUGUUCAUAUUAUUUGAAAUAUAUUUUUUGUACAGCUGUGUGUCGAGUUUUCAUCUUAUCAAAGAAAAAGAGAUUUUCAAAAGCGAUUCCUACUUUGAAGCUAAGAAAGAGGAGAGAGCUACAAUAGAUCCACGUGAUGAUUAUUCUAAAUUUUUGGCACAACUUUGUGUUGAAGAAUUUAUAUUAAUAACUACAAUCUUAUCAGUUCCCUCGAUUGAGAGUUUUAACCUGAUAGCAGUAAAUGGAAGAAACAUAUUAUUCUUUUUUGCAAUAAAAUGUUUCUUGUCUUUUUCUGUUUCGAUGACUGUAAUACCAUUGAUGUAUAAUAUUCCGAGUUUGAUUAAAAAUUGUCAUACGAAAAAAAAAGAUUCUUUGUAAAAAAAUAAAAAGGCGAUUCGGUAGCGGAAGUGGAAGGUAGAUUUUUAAAAAUUAGUAUAUUGUGUGACGAGGGAUGAAACAAAACGAUUUCAGACCAGGGUGAAUUUGGCGGCCUGAGCCGUAGACGAUUUAAUAUCUUCGAUUAUUUAUUUGUUGAAAAAUAGAAAAUUUUUAUUAUUUUUGAUAUUAAUUUAAAAAAAUUUUAAUAAUUAAUAAUUAUUAAGUGCGCGAAUAAUUCAAACUUACGAAUUAUUCGUAUUGAAUCAAAUCGAACUUGAAAUCGAAUAAUUUGAAAUUUUGAAUAAUUCGUAAGUUUCAAAAUCAUUCGAAAAUUUUCUUUAAACGACUUAAAAUUGUAAUUUUUUUUUCGAAUAAUUAAAAUUUUUGCCAGAGGUACUAAGAGCUGAGACACGAAACAACGAAAAAAUUAUUUUUAGUAACUUUAAAAACUAAGCUCUCAUUAUAUAAAAAUUGAAUAUUCCCUGGUUAAGAAUUCCGAUUUAAAUCCGAUUGAGUUUCAGCGGAAUGAAUUGGUUCCCAUCGGAAAAUAAUAUUUUUAUUUCGUUAUUAUUUUCCGAUUGGAACCGAUUCAUUCCGAUAAAUAUUUUUAAUGGGAUUCAAUAGGUUUCAAUCGGAAAUUUUGGAUUGUAUCCUAUUGGAGUGAAUCGGAUUUCUCAACCAAGGUUUGAAAGCUGACCAAAAUUUUAUCGAUUCGAAUCGAGUAAUUCGAAAAAUUACACAUAAUUCAAAAAUUUUCGGAUAUGUAAUUCUAAAAUUAACGAAUAAUUUGAAAAGUUACGAAUUAUUCGAUUCGUACCCGAUUCGCAUACCCCUAAUAUUUAUACAUCAGAACAAAUAAAAUAAUUUUUUUACAAGAAUGAACUUUUUUAAAAAUUUAAAUACCAAUAAUGAUUACAAAGAAUUUUCAUAAUAAUUUUAGUUGUACGAAGAACAGACAGAGUUAACUAUAAGAAAAAUUGUAUAAUUUGUAUAAAUGUUUAUGCAUAAAUAGAAUUUAUGUAAAACUAACUAAAUAUCUAGUCAGCUAAUUAUUAAUGGAAUCGACAAGUUCCAAUUGUUUUUUAUUAUCAGAAAGAGUUUUACCAAAAAUUUUAUUUUUUGUUGGUAUUUACUUGUAUAUUUGUUAAAGUACUGCGUUUUUUACACUAAAAA